AUGUCUGAAUAAAAGCAUAAAUCAACUUCAUAAUUUACUUUACUUAUAUCAAAUUCAGUUUUAGGAGCCUUUUUCUUUGGAUAUUCAAUUUCUUACAUGAAUCCAGCAUUAAAGACAGCAGACACUCAAUUUGAUAUUUCAGAAUAUCCAGAUCAAGGUGAUCAUGAUGAUUAUUAAACAUUGAUAAAUGGAUUAAUAAAUGGUAAUGAAAGAAAUGAAUAUUGAUUAGCAUUUCCAGCUUUAGGAGCAGCAGCAGGUGCAAUAUUAUCAGGUUAAAUAUAAAGAAGAUUUGGUUUGAGACAAUCAUUUUUAUUGGCUGAUUUGAUUGGUGUUGUAGGAUUUGGUUUUUAAUUGCCUCUCCAUCUAUUUACUCUACUUAUAGGAAGAUUAGUGAUGGGAUUUGCAGUAGGAAUGAAUUCAUCAUUGGUACCUUAAUACAUAAAAGAAUUUUGUCCUGAAUCAUUAUCAGGAUCAUUUGGUGCAAUGUUUUAGAUGACAAUAAAUGUUGGUUGUUUAGUUGCAUUGAUAUUGGGAAUGUACCAAUUAUUUUGAAAAGAGGUUUUUUAAUGCAAACGGGGAAAGUCUUGAUUAUUUUAGAUUUGUGAUUGUAUUUCCAAUGUUGAUUUGUGCAUCUCGACUUUUAUUUUUAGCAUUUGCAUUUAAAUACAAUCCCCCAUCAUAUUAUUUAUAAAGAAGUAAUAAUCGGACAGUAAUAUAAAAGAAUAUAUAUAUAAGGCUAAAACAGUAAUAAAAACAUACUAUAAGCAAUAAUUUGUAGAUUAAAUUUUUGAGGAAUUGAAACAAUAAAUAGAAGCAAAAAAAUCAGAAGCUUAAGAUAGUAAAUAAAAUUCACCAUCAUAUUCAAGUAGAUUGAAAGUUGGUUGCAUUCUUUAGAUAAUAUAACAAUUUAGUGGAAUUAAUGCAGUUUUAAUAUAUUCUUCAGGUUUAUUUAUAAAGGUACUUAUAAAUGAUAGAAAUUAGAUAACAGGAGGUGAUAAUGAUUUAAAGAAUUGGUUGAAUAUAAUAGUUGGUUUAGUUAAUUUAUUCUUUAGUAUAAUGGCUAUUCCAUUAUUGAGGAAUAUAGGAAGAAGACCUCUUUUAUUUUAUGGAACUUUAGCUUGUUCUCUUUUUUUGGGAUUAAUAAGUUUAUUUUCAUGUUUUCUACCUAAUGAAGAUGAUGAUUAAUAUUAAGUAACAAUUUCAGCAAUAAUGGUUAUUGUGUUUAUGUUUUUAUACUUGGCUGCAUUUUAAUUAUCUUUAGGGCCAGUUGUCUGGGUAAUAAAAAUAAAUAGUUUUUAAGAUUUAUGAUGCUGAUGUUUUAGAUGAAAAAGGAAUGUCAAUUGCUGUUCUAUGUAAUUGGUUAGGAUGUGCUUUGGUUGCUUAAUUCUUUGGAAUUAUCAAUUCUAGUCUAGGUAUGAAUUAUAGUUUUGGAAUCUUCUUUAUUUUUUGUUCACUUGGGUAAAAUUCUGAUCUAUUAUUUAAAGAACUGUCUAUAUAUUUUACAAAGUCAAAGAAACUAAAGGUAAGAACCCUAAAGACAUUGACUAGAUGUUUAUGUUAGGAAAAGUUGAUUAUGAUGAUUGA